UGUCGUUUUUUUUGUCGGAGCAGCGGCUUCAGUGGAUCCAAUGAGGGCACGCCGCGUUCUGGGCCCAAUGCAGAGAGCAAGCCGGCGAUAAGGGCGACGUAUAAAGUGUGAAAGUAAGAGGUUCUUCAUAUUGGCUGAGAACUGGUAAAUAUCGGAAAAGAAGUGGCAGUUUCGGUCUCUUUUGGACAGGCCGAGGAAAGUCCCAUCAUGGCAAGAACAAGGCUUCCUUUGGCUGCUUUGUUCUGUCUUUUUCUUGGAAUGUUACAUUCUCACACAGAUGCUGUGGCAGUCAUGUCAGUUGAUCUAGGGAGUGAGUGGAUGAAAAUGGCAAUAGUUAAACCUGGCGUGCCAAUGGAAAUUGUUCUCAACAAAGAGUCAAGGAGGAAAACACCUGCAGUUGUAUGUCUAAAGGAAAAUGAAAGACUUUUUGGUGACAACGCAUUAGGAGUGUCUGUAAAGAACCCUAAAACUGUCUAUCGACACCUGCAAAAUCUCAUGGGAAAGAAGCACAACAACCCCCAGGUAGCCCUUUACCAGAAACGGUUCCCUGAGCACCAGCUGCAAGUCGACGCAGUGAGAAAUACAGUUUACUUCAAAGACUCAGAGAAAUUUCAGUACAUGCCAGAAGAGCUCCUUGGGAUGAUGCUCAAUUAUUCUUGUGGAUUAGCUCAAGAUUUUGCAGAACAGCCGAUCAAAGAUGCAGUCAUCACUGUUCCAGCAUUUUUCAACCAGGCAGAACGCAGGUCUGUCAUGCACGCUGCACAUUUGGCAGGUCUGAAGGUCCUUCAGCUCAUCAAUGACAACACGGCCGUGGCCUUAAAUUACGGGGUCUUCAGAAGGAAAGAUAUUGACAGCACAGGAAAGAAUGUGAUGUUUUAUGAUAUGGGCUCAGGGAGCACAACUGCCACCAUUGUCACAUAUCAAACUGUAAAAACAAAGGAUUCUGGGUCCCAGCCACAGUUGCAGAUCCGAGGUGUUGGGUUUGACCGUGGUUUGGGUGGGUUUGAGAUGGACUUGCGUCUACGGGAUCAUUUGGCUAAGCUUUUUACAGAGCAGAAGAAGACAAAGAAAGAUGUGCGGGAAAACCACCGUGCCAUGGCCAAGCUCCUCAAAGAGGCACAGAGGCUAAAAACUGUGCUUAGUGCAAAUAUGGAAUUCAUGGCCCAGGUGGAAGGUUUGAUAGAUGAAAUUGACUUCAAAGCUAAGGUGACCAGAGCCGAUUUUGAAGAGCUCUGUGCUGAUUUAUUUGAGAGAGUGCCUGGCCCUGUGCAGGAUGCCCUUACUGCUGCAGAAAUGAAUCUGGAUGAAAUUGAACAGGUGAUUUUAGUAGGUGGAUCAACUCGUGUCCCCAAGGUUCAGGAAGUGUUGCUCAAAGCAGUUGGGAAAGAGGAGUUGGGUAAAAAUAUCAAUGCGGAUGAGGCAGCAGCCAUGGGGGCAGUAUACCAGGCUGCUGUUCUCAGUAAGGCUUUCAAAGUCACACCAUUCUUGGUCAGAGAUGCAGCUGUUUUCCCUAUUCAGGUGGAGUUCAACCGUGAGGUUGAGGAAGAAGGCUCCAAAGCCUUGAAACACAACAAACGCAUCCUAUUUCAGAGGAUGUCGCCCUACCCCCAGCGAAAGGUCAUCACAUUUAACCGCUACACGGAUGAUUUUGCUUUCACCAUAAACUAUGGAGACCUCAACUUCCUGUCGCAGCAAGACCUCAGUGCGUUUGGAUCACUUAAUCUGACAAUGGUCAAGCUCUCUGGAGUGGGCAGCAGCUUUCAGAAGCACACCGAUGCCGAGUCAAAGGGCAUAAAAGCCCACUUCAACAUGGAUGAAAGUGGAAUCCUUCAACUCGAUCGGGUAGAGUCUGUAUUUGAAACCGCUGUGGAGGAAAAGGAAGAGGAAUCUACAUUAACAAAACUGGGUAACACAAUUUCUACAUUGUUUGGAGGAGGAUCCUCCGAACCUGCCCCAAAUGUGACUGAACCUGUCCAGGAUGAGGAGGAGGUACCUACAGAGUCUGGAAUUGAUGGCAGGGAUGAGAAUAGAAAGGAUGACACCCAGACAGUGGAGGCUGCAAAGGAGGAAUCCGAGAAAAGUAAUACAGAAGAAGAAAGCCAGAAGAAAAUGGAGGAUGCAAGUCCCUUGACUGAUGACAAGGACGAAAAAGACGGUGAAAAAAAACCUACAGAGGAGAAGCUUGUGGAAAAGCUUUCAAAACCUCAGAAAAAGGCUAAGAUUUCUGAAGACAUUACUAUUGAAGUCAUUCUCAAUGAUGUCCUGGAUCCCACUGCUGAUGAUCUUAAAGCCUCCAAAAAGAAGCUGCAGGAAUUGACGGAUCGAGACCUGGCAAAACACGAAAGGGAAAAGAUGCUCAACAGCCUCGAAGCUUUUAUCUUUGAAACACAGGACAAGUUACACCAGGACGAUUACCAGCUAGUGGUGACAGAAGAGGAGAGGGAACAGAUGUCUUCCAAACUGAGUGAAGCGUCAGUUUGGAUGGACGAUGAUGGCUACUCUGCCACCACCAAGCAACUGAAGGAGAAGCUUUCUCAGCUCAAAACUAUGUGCAAGGACAUGUUUUUUAGAGUGGAGGAGCGACGGAAGUGGCCUGACCGACUUUCGGCUCUGGACACCAUGCUAAACACCUCCAACUUCUUUCUUAAGAGCGCAAGACUAAUUCCAGAAGAUGACCAGAUUUUUACUGAAGUUGAGCUUAAUAUGUUGGAAAAAGUGAUCAAUGAGACCAUGACAUGGAGAAAUGAGACUACAGCCGAACAAGAGAAACGUUCUCCAAAAGAGCGUCCAAUACUUCUCUCCAAAGAAAUUGAAGCAAAACUUGUGCUGCUGGACAGAGAAGUUAACUAUCUGCUCAACAAGGCAAAGUUUGCCAAGCCGAAGUCUAAAGCCAAGGCCAAAAAUACGACCAGCUCUGAUAAAAGCAGCAAGCCCAAUGGCACAACCGAAGAAAAAGUAAUCCCUCCCAAAGAGGAAAGCGAAGAAAGAAAGACUGAAAAUGUUGAAGACAAUCCCCCGCCCUCAAAGGAAGACACAUCUCAGACAGAAUCGGAUCGCCAAUCACUGCUCAUAGAUGAAACGACUACAGAAACAACAGAAAAAUCCAAACCUGAGAACCACAUAGAAGAUGAAUUGUAACAGCAUAAACUGGGAUAAUAACUAACCAUAAUAUUUAUUGACAGUGUAAAUGUUUUUCUGAUGUCAAUGUGUUUAACAGCUGGAAACAGAAUGGUUUGUUUGGAGACGAUUCGUCUUCCCUUCUUUUCCUCACGCGUUGAACUCUUGUCAUACAAUGAUGAAGACGUUAAAUGAAAAGUUUUUUUUUAUUUUGGUGGGGUUGUCCUCUGCGCUGUAUUUUCAUCCAUAUUGAAGAUUAUUUGUCUUGGCCCUUUGUUUUUCCACUUUGUCUUUUACAACAGCAAAUACUUGACAAUUAUGUUUUUUUUUGUUUUUGUUUUUUAUCAAUUUUGGGGAGGAUUGUCCUCUGCACUGUAUUUUUGUCCAUAUCCCCGUCCCCUUUGGAUGACAUGUGACAUCCUAAUUAUGUCUUUUUGUUCUCAAGAAGAAAAAAAAUUAUAGCAUAUGAGCAUCCAUCACUCCUUUUUUUAAAUUCAUUAGCAAUUGUCAAACAUCAAGUCAAAACAUUAAGAUCCAAGGUUGUUGGCACAUGGUUUAUUAAAGCUGAGUGAUGGGGUGUUGCUUUUACUGUUCUCCUUGCUUUUCAAAUACAAAUAAAUGGAGCUUGUAAACUACAUGAAAAAA